AUGCCGAACGUUAGAGACGUCGACGCCGCCGCGUUCAUCAACGCUUACGCCCAGCACCUUAAGCGCUCGGGCAAGAUCGAGGUCCCGACCUGGGUCGACAUUGUCAAGACGGGUGCCUACAAGGAGCAGGCCCCCUACGACCCUGACUGGUACUACGUCCGGGCCGCCGCUCUUGCGCGCCACAUCUACCUGCGCAAGGCUGUCGGCAUCGGUGCGCUCAAGAAGCUGCACGGUGGUGCCUCGAACCGCGGCUUCCGCCCUUCGCACCACGCCGACGCCUCGGGCUCGGUUCAGCGCAAGGUCGUCCAGGGCCUCGAGCAGAUUGGCGUCCUCGAGAAGGACCCCAAGGGUGGCCGAAGGAUCUCGCAGGAUGGCCAGCGUGACCUCGACCGCAUCGCCGUUGCCUGCCUCGAGUCGAUGCGCGAGGAGGAGGACGAGGAGGAGGAGGACGAGGACGAGGAGGACGACGAGUAA